AUGAGUUAUUUGGUAGAUAUCGUCACGAAUCUUGUCCUCUCGGUGGUGAUUCUCUUUAUCUCUCGCUUUCUCUGGAAUUACCUCCGGUCCCCACUAAAGUCCUUCCCGGGUCCUGCUGCUACCAGCUUCACCAACAUCUGGCGUUUGCAAGAUGUCUUUCGAGGACGGUGCGAUAUCACACAGACUGCGCUGCAUCGUAAACAUGGGCCUGCUGUGCGAAUGGGCCCGAACCUUCUCAGUCUCUCCGAUCCGAACUUGAUUAGCCAAGUGUAUAACACAAAGAGUCCGUGGCUAAAGAGUGACAUGUAUAACGUCAAUGACGUCGUUGUCUCCGGUGUCCGUCUGAGCAACCUCUUCUCCAGCCAGGAUGAGAAGUGGCACUCAACUUUUACUCGUCCCGUCAAGACACUAUACUCGAUGAGUAGGGUUCAAGAUGUGGAGGAAAAUAUGGAUAUUACGGUGAACCUAUUCCUGGAUAAGCUGCGCGAGCGGUUUGUCUCCACCGGAAAGAGUUGCGAGAUGACUGAUUGGAUCAGCUUCUUUGCCUGGGAUGCUAUGAGCCAGGCUACUUUCUCUCAAGACCUUGGUAUCCUCGAGGCUGGUAGAGACUACAAGGGUUUCCUGGGAAGAUCCAACCAGACGCUCGAUUACUUCGCCAGCAUUUGCCAAAUCCCACUACUGGACAUGAUUCUUGAUAAGAAUCCAAUCAUGCGCGUUGGACCUCCGACGUUCGUUUGGGCUAAUAUCUUCAGCCUCGAGCAACUCCAGAAGCGAUAUAAAGAAGGGAAUCCAGGGAACAAGCAAGACUUCCUCGGGAAAUUCCUCGAGAUCAAGGAAAAGAACCCGGAGCUAGUCAACGAUAAUACCAUUAUCCUCUGGUUACUUUCUAAUGUCCUCGCGGGCAGCGACUCUACCGCCUUUACGAUGUGUGCAGCGAUCUACUACGUCCUCAAGAACCCGAACGUCCACACGAAACUCUGCGCUGAGCUCCGCGACGCCAACCUCACACUUCCCGCAAGAUGGAAAGAUAUUCAAGGGCUCAAAUAUCUCGAGGCUGUCAUGCAUGAGACUCUGCGGAUACACCCGGGCGUUGGUCUUAUCCUCGAGCGCGUCGUUCCUAAGGGAGGCCUGUCGCUCCCUGAUGGCCGGUUUGUACCCGAGGGAGUCGUGGUAGGAAUGAACCCUUGGGUGAUCAACAAAGACGAGGGGAUUUUCGGUGCCAAUACGGACGACUUCAUUCCUGAGCGCUGGCUUCAGAACUCUGACGAGUCUGACGAGGUCUACCAAGCGCGCUUUUCCAAGAUGAAGAGUACGGAAUUCACUUUUGGUGCUGGAUCACGCGCGUGUCUGGGAAGAUAUCUGUCGCAGCUGGAGAGCUUCAAGCUCAUUGCUACCUUGUUCAGCACAUUUGAUAUGGAACUCCCAAGUCAAGAUCAUGAGUGGAAGGUGAUCAACUCGUGGUUUGUGAGACAGGAGGAUCUACCUGUUCGUCUGUCAGAACGAAAGGAUAGAGCUGUCACCGUCUAA